AUGUUCAGCUCCGGCAUCCAUUUUCCAGUUAGAAGAACAUACCUGAGAAGCGGUGAACAUCGAGCAGGAGGAAUGGGGUUGAUCUUCCAAGACAAAAAGAAGCGGCUGAUCAAUCAUGGCUCCAAAGCAAGGGGACACGUCUCCUCCUCCUUGGUAGCGGAAGGGUUGGCAAUCAGACAUGCAUUGGAUCACGCGAUCUCAAUUGGAAUCCCGAUUCUACAUGUAGCUUCGGACUCGCAGCAGAUCGUCACUGCAAUUACGAUGGGAAUUCGCAUCUCGGAGAUCUACGGAAUCUUUGAGGAUAUUGCGUAUCUCUCUUCUCUUUUUAUUGAUGUUAAAUCGUCUCAAUUUUGA